AGAAAAACGCGCGGAUCGAAGGAACCAUAGAUCACAGUAAAGUGCGUUUUGUGGGUCAGGAUUUUGUGCAAGAAUGUCGGCAUUUGAAGGAUUCACUAGCGGUACCGACAUCGAAACCAAACAUGCAGCCCGGUGGGCGAAACUAAGCUUUGGUCUCGAGUUGCUCGAUGCGAUGACCGAUGGCGGGAUUCCACGGAGGGGGAUUGUGGAGAUGGCAGGUGAUCCCGGGGCCGGUAAGACGCAGAUCGCAUUAAAACUGGCACUGGAAGCACAGCGCCAAGUGCCGGAUGCGUCGGUUGUUUUUAUCUCUACCGAGCAUCCCUUUCCCUCCGGAAGAUUGCUUCAGAUGGAGGCGGCACUGAAACGGCGGCAUCCCCGCGAUCCAUUCGUGCAGCAGCACAACUUUGCCGAUCACAUACUGGUUGAGCACGUUAAAUGUGUGCCAUCAUUGACAAACUGUUUGUUCAAACAGUUACCACAAUUGCUGCGUAGCACGCCCGUGAGCCUAGUCAUUAUUGACUCCAUCACGGGUCCUUUCAUCGGCGAACACGACUAUAAAGCCCGGGCAGCUACGUUUCGUGAGAUAGUGAAGCAACUACAGUUGUACCAGGAGCAGUACAACAUGGCAGUUUACGUUAACAAUCAGGUACGCUGUGUGAUCGAUGGCUCGGUACCACAAACCAAAGGGAAGAAAAUAGCGGCCCUCGGUUUAUCGUGGAGCUCGAUGGUACACACCCGGUUGCAGUUGUGUCGAACUGAGGGAAAGUACAAGCGCUGUGUUGUCGUGUUUGGACCCACCAUUGGUCCGGCACAUGGGGUGUUUCAAAUUGACGAAUCGGGUCCCUGCGAUGUUCCCGAUCUACCGCUAGGGCACAUACCGGAUAUGAAUGAAUAGCUCCCACAUGAACGCCUUAGACACGGCAGUUG